CCCAAAUCGCAGAUUUCUCGCCUCGAAGACUGGCAUUCUUGUCUGCGGUCGCAUCCACUACCUCUCGUUGCUUCCUUGAACAUAGCACAUAGCUCACCGCAGAAACGUAGGAGAUGGCCACGGAGAUAUCGGGCCUAUGGUCCACCCACAGACGGCCGAAAAUCAACCUGAACUCUGCGUCGACACCCCCAGUCGCUGUCGCUGAAGAGCCGACUCUGACACCCACCGCUGAUGCCCCGAAUGCGGAAGCAUCGACCUCGACGGCGGCGCCGCCCCCAGAAGGAGAAACAUCCUCUACUUCAGAUGUUCGUCCUCCCGCAUCAAACGGCAAGAGGCGGUCAAGAGUUGGGCGAGGUGGUGAGGAAAGCAACAAGAGGAUCAAGCUUACGUCGCAGGCCGGAGGUAGCGUAGCGAAGGACCACUCUCCGCCCGCGACACGGUUGUCGGACCUCGGCGGAGUGGACGCAUGCAUCGAGAAGAUGCUUGAGCUCGUCGCGAUGCCUCUAUGUCACCCUGAGAUUUACCUUCACACCGGAGUACAGCCUCCGAGGGGUGUGCUCCUGCAUGGUCCACCAGGGUGCGGCAAGACACUGUUAGCACAUGCCAUCGCUGGGGAACUCGGCGUUCCCUUCAUCAGCGUUUCCGCCCCCUCAGUCGUCUCUGGGAUGUCCGGCGAGUCUGAAAAGACACUGCGAGACACAUUCGAAGAGGCGAAGCGAGUAGCACCAUGCCUUCUCUUCAUUGACGAGAUCGACGCUAUCACUCCGAAACGCGAGAGCGCGCAGCGGGAGAUGGAGAGACGAAUAGUCGCCCAGUUCCUGACGUGCAUGGAUGAUAUGUCUUGGGACAAGACGGACGGCAAGCCCGUAAUUGUCAUCGGCGCGACCAACCGGCCAGACUCGCUGGAUGCUGCCCUGCGCAGAGCGGGUCGCUUCGACCACGAAAUCAGCAUGGGUGUGCCAGACGACGAAGCGCGAGCACAAAUCCUACGUGUCCUAUGCUCCAAGUUAAGACUCGAAGGUGACUUCGACUACCUGGCACUCGCAAAAGUAACCCCGGGCUAUGUCGGCGCGGACCUCACCGCGCUCACAGGCGCGGCCGGCAUCAUUGCUGUGAAGCGCAUCUUCCAGCAGAUAUCCGACGGCACGCUAGUGCUUUCGGAGGAUGUACAACAGCAGCUUGCGUCCGCAGACGGCGAUGUCUCGAUGCAGGUGGACACGCCAGCCAUCGAGGUCGAGACACAGGCUCCCACAGUCUCAGACAAGCCUGUGCCCUUCGCGAACAUCGACCUCGCGACACCCACCGCCUCGUCCAUCCUGCACUUCCUCCGCGCGCACCCGUCUCCGCUCACGCCCGCCGAGCUGUCUCCACUCUACAUCACUUCCGCGGACUUCCACGCCGCGUUGAAGCAGGUGCAGCCCUCCGCGAAGCGCGAGGGCUUUACUACUGUGCCCGACGUGACUUGGGCGGACGUUGGUGCGCUGCAUGCGACGCGCGAGGAGCUGCACAUGGCGAUUGUGCAGCCGAUCAGGAGGCCGGAGCUGUUCAAGAGCGUCGGCGUGGAGCGGGCGUGCGGCGUGCUGAUGUGGGGCCCGCCGGGUUGCGGCAAGACGCUCCUGGCGAAGGCGGUCGCAAACGAGAGCAGGGCGAACUUCAUCAGCGUGAAGGGGCCGGAGCUGUUGAACAAGUCUUCGCACAAUUUGACCAAUACGCCGCGACAGUACGUCGGCGAGAGCGAGCGCGCCGUACGCCAGGUCUUCUCGCGCGCACGCGCCUCUGCGCCAUGCGUGAUCUUCUUCGACGAGCUCGACGCGCUGGUGCCGCGGCGGGACGAGGCGCUGUCCGAGUCGUCCGCGCGCGUCGUGAACACGCUCCUCACCGAGCUCGACGGGCUCGACGCGCGCCGCGCGGUGUACGUCAUCGCCGCGACGAACCGCCCCGACAUGAUCGACCCCGCGAUGUGCCGCCCCGGCCGCCUCGACAAGCUCCUGUACGUCGACCUGCCGAGCGCAGAGGAGCGCACGGAGAUCGUGCGCACGCUCAUGAGGGCGGUCCCGCUUGGUGGGGAGUCGGAGAGGGCGGAGGUGGAGAGGAUGGUGAAGGAGAGGGGAGAGGGGUAUAGCGGGGCGGACCUUGCGGCCGUCGUGCGGGAGGCGGGGGUCGCUGCGCUGCGAAGGACGUUGGGCGCGCUAGAUCAGAUGGAGGCGGAUGGGUCGGCGACUGCUGGCGAGGAGCCGAAGAUCGUCGUUGGCGUCCCAGACUUUGAGAGAGCGCUGGAGAAGGUGCAGCCUAGCGUGAGCACGGCACAGCGGCGGAAGUAUGCGAGCUUGCGGGUGAAGCUGAGCGGGAGCGGGCUGCCUGUCGGUGUCAAGACUGACGAAGGGAAAGAAGGCAAGGGCGGAGGCAUGCAGGAGAGCUAG